AUGCUCAGCAGGGUUUUUGUCUCAUGUCUUAUUCUCAGCCUGUGUGCUGCGGCUGCAUCCUCACUCAGCUGCAGGUGGAUGGAUCAUAAAUUUAAAGACUACAACACGAAUGCCAUCAAACUACUCAACCAGAUGGCUUACAAUUCAACAAACAUGACUGACACGCUGGUGGACAUGGACAUCGUCUCUAUGCACCAAAUUCUCUAUGUCCAGUCUGCUAAAGCAUCGGUUGAAGAGCGUUUGAGGUUCAUCGUCCACAUGGUGGAGGAAGUGACGACCCUGUUCAAGGGAGACACCAGCGGCGCCUCCUGGGAGCCACAAAAACAGGACGACUUCCUGAACAUCAUCAACCAGCAGGCGAGCGGCCUGCGCACCUGUCUCACCACCACCAGGAAAAGCAAGAAGCUCCAGCUGUUUUUCAAGAAGCUUUCUGACUUCAUCCAGAAAAAUGGUCACACGGCGAUGUCUUGGGAGUUAGUCAGGAGGGAGAUCAAAGUUCUUCUCUCCGUCGUGGCGUCUCCCAUCGGCACCAUCUGA